GCGGGCCUGCAACGGCUACGCCAACGACAGAAGUAGCAGGCCCCACCUUUGUCACAAUAUCCGCACCGACGAAUGUUGCAACGUACGUUACAUCUGGUGCUUCUAGUUAUCGCUCGGGGGGCCGCAGUGGGCUGUGGGUGUUGAGCUUCCUAGUCGGAGCUACGUGGCCUUUAAUUUGAUAGACCAAUUGGUUGCAGGAGUAUUUUAUUAUUUGUACUUAAGAUUUUAUCGGCAUUAUUUUACGGGUACUGAUCUAGAGAGCGGUAUAUCCAUUAUGAAAUUGCAAAUCAACUGCUUUUCGCUCUAAUCCACCAUGCUAGUAAGAGGAACAUUCGUACAUUGCUUGCAUUCUUCUACUUUGGAGAUCUUGCAUGAUUAUCUGCUAGCUGUCGAUGACCUUGGUUGCAUCACCCACUUCAACGCCGCCGCGUCUUCCCAGUCGACUCAGUUUCUUACUAACAUCGAUGAAUUGCCUAAGCAGCUACCAGAAGGCAGCUUUCUACUACCCACAUUUUGCGACCUGCACCUACACGCGCCCCAAUUCCUCUACCAAGGAAAUGGCCUCCAUCUACCUCUGAUGGAAUGGCUCGAUGAAUAUGCGUUCAAGGCCGAGGAACGCCUUGACGCAGACCCUAAGCUAGCCCGAAGGGUCUAUACCCGACUCGCAGAACGAUUGGUGGAGAAUGGUACAGGAGCCGUCUUGCUCUUUGGUACCAUCAAGGAGGAAACCAAUCUUAUUCUUGCCGAUGUUAUGCACAAGGCAGGAAUUCGUGCUUUCGUGGGUAAACUGUCGAUGGACCAGUCCUCUCGCCCAUCAUAUGUUGAAGAAUCUGCCGACAAUUCCCUCGACGCAGCCCGAUCCUUCGUUGGCAAGAUGAAGUCCGUAUAUGAUAUCCCUCAUCUUGUAGAACCAGUAAUAACGCCGAGAUUCGUUCCUACGUGCUCGGACACCCUCCUCAAAGGCCUAGGUGAUUUGGCGGCGUCCCAAGACCUUCGAAUUCAGAGUCAUCUCGCAGAAUCUCACGAUCAGGUCGAAGCGGUGCGAUCAGAACGAGGGGAAGAGGACCUUCUCGUCUUUCGUCGUAGCAAUCUCCUGACUCCUCGGACAAUACAAGCUCACUGUACGUUUCUUGACGUCCCUUCACUUUCCCAGCUUCGCGAGUGCGGUACGGCUGUAGCACAUUGUCCACUGUCCAAUGCGUAUUUCUCUGCGAAACCCUUCUGCCUCCGGGAAGCCCUUGAUCAGGGACUGAAGGUGGGGUUGGGCACCGACGUGGCGGGGGGAUACAGUCUCGAUAUCAUGAACGCCAUGAGGCAAGCUGUUGUCACAUCCAGAAUGCGCCAAGGUUCAAACAUAAUGAAUUGCAAUUCCGAAUCGACCUUGGCCAUCAACUGGAUCGAGGCUCUUUUUCUUGCUACUCGCGGAGGUGCGAUAUCCCUCGGCCUCCCUUUUGGCUGCGGAUUGUUCCAGGUGGGAGCACCUUUCGAUGUCCAACAAAUCUCCCUUUGGGACACAUCGACUCGUAUCGGGGUGGGUGCCCUCGAUUUCUUUGACGAUGCCAUGAAGAUCACCCCCGAGGUGGUAGAGAAAUGGUGGUGUUUGGGCGAUAAUCGUAAUCGCGCAAGUACGUGGGUUCAAGGCAUCAAGCUCUAAGUUAUUCUACUGCCAUCAAUUUGCUUCUGUUCUCUUCCAAGUUUCAAUUGUAUUUAUUGCGAAAUCAAAGCUCAGAUCUACUUACGAUCCUUCCCGUCAU